AAACGAAGUUUCAAUUUGAAGUGCAAUUUUCAAGAAAAAAUGUUCCAAUUAUCAAGAUUUUUGCUUCAUGGUUUGAUUGUUAUUCAAGCAGCCAUCAUCACAUUCUUUCUAACAUCGGAUGAAAUCAACAAUUCAGAAUUUAGAAGCAUAAAUAAAAACGACAGUGGCAUGAACAGUGAACAUAUUAAUACAAUUAAUAUCACACAACCCAAAUUUAAAACUAAAACCUUAAAAUAUUGGCAAAUUUGUAUUAAAAAAUGGAAUAAAAUGGGAAAUUUGCGUUCGAUGGAACGAGUCUUUGAGCGAUUGGGCUACGAGUUUGUCAAUGCUUCAGAAGGGGAUGAUUGGGAUGUUCUUUGGAGUUCAGAAUUUCCCUUUCAAAAAGAAGUGGCGAAAGAUUUCGAUCCAAUAUUCAAGAAACUUAAGCCACAUCAGAGAAUCAAUCAUUUUCCAGGAGUAUUUUCAAUAACAAACAAAGUUUAUGUGGCGACACAGAACCAGCAAUUGAGCUUCAUUCUUCCAUCUUUCUCAUUGCCUGAUAUGUUGGACGAGUUUAAAGCCUACGUGGAAAAAAAUCCUACAAAACAAUUCAUUACAAAGAACAUGUACAAUCGUGGUGUUCGUAUGAUUGAUUCCGAAGAUGCUACAAAUAAUUCUGAAAUUAAAUUUGUCCAAGAAUUCAUGGGUAAACCUUUGUUGAUUGAUGAACGGAUGUUUGAUAUUGGACUUUAUGUUGUGAUAACUUCAAUCGAUCCUGUAAGAGUUUAUCGUUACAACAAUGAUGUUUUGCUGAGGUUCUGUCCACAACCCUUUUAUCCUUUCGAUUCUAAGAAUAUAAAAAAGUUUGUUAUUGAUGAUACUCAUUUAGAUUUCUUAGAUGCACCUUCAAUCAAAAAAUAUUGUGACAAAUACGAGUUCUCAGCAAAGUUAGCGUUUGAAGCAGUUCUUGAAGACAAAGGAUUUAGCAAAGAAGAUUUUUGGAAAAGCAUUGACGAUGCCAUCGUGUCUUUGUUGCUAACCAGUGAGAAAAUAUUCAUUAGAGAAAUAAAAAAAUAUGGUUCGUAUCGCAAUUACUUUGAGCUUGUCAGGUUUGACUUUAUUCUCGAUGAAAACUUAAAAUUGUAUCUCAUGGAAGUUAACCAAAGUCCAAGUAUGACUCCAAUGGAUAAAAGAUAUGAAAGUUAUACUCUCAUGUAUCAGCAAAUAGUUUAUGACACUGUGAAACUUGCUGGAAUUGGAAGUUACAUGGAUUUAAUGUCGAGAUAUAACAAACAAUCAAGUGAAAUGAUAUCAAAUAACAAAAAUUUAGCUGUCGAUACCAAAGCAUGCGUAAGAAACGAUUGCAAAAACAAAUGUGGAAGGAAAGGAUGUGAAACUUGUUUGCCUUGUAUAGCUGAAGAAGAUCUCCAGCAAAUGCAUCAAUCAUUUCAGGAACAUAACAAUCAAGGAGGCUUUAAAAGACUUUUUCCAAAUACUGAACCUUUAACAGCGACAGACGAAUUUCAAUUAACAGAACAUCAAUUUGGAGAUCAUCCUUGCAAAGGCUCUAAUGAAAGUGAAGUUUGUCAAGAGAAUAAAAGUGUUACCAAUAGACAUUUGAAGUAUUGGGGCGUUUGCUUACAUAAUUGGAAUGAAAAUGGAAACUUACGAACCAUGAAUCGCGUUUUUCACCGUCUGGGAUAUGAUGAUGUAGAUGGAAUGGUAGGCGAAGAUUGGGAUGUUUUAUGGACUAUUGAGUAUCCAUAUCAACCUAAAUUUAUGAACUCACGAAUAUUUAAAAAUAUUUACAAGUCAUUAAAACCUCAUCAAAAGAUUAAUCACUAUCCAGGAUUACCGUUUAUCACAAACAAAGUUUAUGUAACAACACACAACCAGGAUUUAGAUUUUAUUUUGCCAUCUUUUGAGUUACCUGAUAUGUAUGACGAAUUACAAGAGUACAUUAAAAAUAACCCACAAAAAUUAUUGGUGACAAAGGAUAUGUUUAAUCGUGGAGUGAAAAUUGUAGAUAAGAAUGACAUUCAAAACAGUACGAAAUUUCAAUUUUUCCAAGAAUUUGUUGAGAAUCCAUUGUUGAUUGACGGAAAAUUCUACGACAUUGGAGUUUUCGUUGUGACUACAUCUGUUGAUCCAUUGAGAGUUUAUCGUUAUACAAGAGAUGUUUUGUUGAGAUUUUGUCCUGAGCCUUAUUAUCCACUGGAUCAUUCAAACACUGGUCAAUAUGUCGUCGAUGGAAGUUACAUUCAUUACACAGAAAUGCCUUCAUUUAAACGAUUCACUAAAGACUAUGGAUCUUCAUCGAAAGCAGCAUUUGAAGCUAUACUAAAAGAGAAAAACUAUAAUUUUGAUGAUUUUUGGGAAAAAGUUGACAAUGCUAUUGCUACAUUACUGAUAAGAAAUGAAGGACGUGCCAUUAGACAACUCGCAAGCUUCAAUUUUACUGACAGGAAUAAUUUUGAAUUGGUUCGAUUUGAUUUUGUUUUGGAUAAUAAUUUAAACCUUUUUCUCAUGGAAGUUAAUCAGAGUCCAAAUUUGACUCCAGUGAAUGAUCAAAUUGAAGCAAAUUCAUUGAUUACCGAACAACUUGUAUACGACACUUUAGUACUUGUAGGGGCAGGCAGUUAUCUUGAUGAAACGGACCUUAAGCGGGACCAUGAAUCCGUUCCGGAACAGAAACGGACCGUUCCGCUAAACGAUAAAUCUGUUCCGGAACAGGAAAAGGAACUUGUUCCGGAACAGAAAACGGACCUUAAACGGAUCUCGGAACACGGACCGAAGCCCCGGCCUAUUACAUUGGAGAGAAGCCUUUUCCAUAUUGAUUUCAAGAAACUUUCCAACACCUCCAGAGAUCAUUCAAACACUGGUCAAUAUGUCGUCGAUGAAAGUUACAUUCAUUACACAGAAAUGCCUUCAUUUAAACGAUUCACUAAAGACUAUGGAUUUUCUUCGAAAGCAGCAUUUGAAGCUAUACUAAGAGAGAAAAAUCAUAAUGUUGAUGAUUUUUGGGAAAAAGUUGACAAUGCUAUUGCUACAUUACUGAUAAGAAAUGAAGGACGUGCCAUUAGACAACUCGCAAGCUUCAAUUUUACUGACAGGAAUAAUUUUGAAUUGGUUCGAUUUGAUUUUGUUUUGGAUAAUAAUUUAAACCUUUUUCUCAUGGAAGUUAAUCAGAGUCCAAAUUUGACUCCAGUGCAUGAUCGAUUUGAAGCUAAUUCAGUGAUUACCGAACAACUUGUAUACGACACUUUAGUACUUGCAGGGGCAGGCAGUUAUCUUGAUGUAAUGUCAUGUUAUGAUGACAAAGCAGAUGAAAUGAUUUCAAACUCAAGGAACAUUGCUGUCAACAUCGAAGAAUGUGCGAAAAAUGACUGCAAAAAUAAUCCUACAUUGAAGGAAUGUGAAUUGUGUUUGACAUCUCUCAGCAAAGAAAAUAUCACAUACUUUCACCAAGCUGCUCGAGAACAUGAUCGAAGUGGAGGUUUCAUCAGACUUCUACCUUCAGAGCGAUAUAAAAUAAUUGCAAUUUAUUGGAAAACUAUCACAAGAAAGAUAGUAAAGGGAAUAAAACGAAUCAGUUCUUCACCAUUGAAUGAUGUAAGCACUUUAAAAUAUUGGGGAAUUUGUUUAGACAAUUGGAAUGAAAAUGGAAAUUUGCGAACAAUGGAUCGCGUGUUUUAUCGUCUUGGAUAUGACGAUGUAGAUGGAAGUGAAGGCGAAGAAUGGGAUGUUGCAUGGAGCAUUGAAUAUCCAUAUCAAGGUGAUACCUCGGUUAUAUUUGAUCCAUUUUUUGAGGAUCUGAAACCUCAUCAGAAGUUCAAUCACUAUCCAGGAUUACCGUUUAUCACAAACAAAGUUUAUGUAACAACACACAACCAGGAUUUAAAUUUUAUUUUGCCAUCAUUUGCGUUACCUGAAAUGUAUGGCGAAUUACAAGAGUACAUUAAAAAUAAUCCACAAAAAUUACUGGUGACAAAGAAUAUGUUUAAUCGUGGAGUGAAAAUUGUGGAUAAAAAUGACAUUCAAAACAGUACAGAAUUUCAAUUUUUUCAAGAAUUUGUUGAGAAUCCAUUGUUGAUUGAUGACAGAUUCUUUGAUCUCGGAGUUUUCGUUGUGACUUCAUCUGUUGAUCCAUUGAGAGUUUAUCGUUAUACAAGAGACAUUUUAAUAAGAUUUUGUCCUGAGCCUUAUUAUCCAUUAGAUCAUUCAAACACUGGUCAAUAUGUCGUCGAUGAAAGUCACAUUCAUUACACAGAAAUGCCUUCAUUUAAACGAUUCACUAAAGACUAUGGAUUUUCAUCGAAAGCAGCAUUUGAAGCUAUACUAAGAGAGAAAAAUCAUAAUGUUGAUGAUUUAUGGACGAAGAUUGACAAUGCAAUAACUACAUUACUGAUAAGAAAUGAAGAGAAAGUGGUUGAUGAGAUUGAUUAUUACGAGUUCGGAAAAGAAAGAAAUAAUUUUGAAUUGGUUCGAUUCGAUUUUGUAAUAAAUGACAAUUUUGAUAUUUUUCUCAUGGAGGUUAAUCAGAGUCCAAAUUUGACUCCAAUGUUUGAUCGAUUUGAACCCAACGCUUUAAUACAUGAGCAGCUUGUGUACGACACUUUAGUACUUGUAGGAGCAGGCAGUUAUCUUGAUGUAAUGUCAUGUUAUAAUGACAAAGCAGAUGAAAUGAUUUCAAACUCAAGGAACAUUGCUGUCAACAUCGAAGAAUGUGCGAAAAAUGACUGCAAAAAUAAUCCUACAUUGAAGGAAUGUGAAUUGUGUUUGACAUCUCUCAGCAAAGAAAAUAUCACAUACUUUCACCAAGCUGCUCGAGAACAUGAUCGAAGUAGAGGUUUCAUCAGACUUCUACCAUCAGAGCGAUAUAAAAAAAUGACUGCUGUUAAAAAGAUUUGGAUUCAAUUUGCAUUCGUCUUCAUCGCAAUAGUAAUUGCAAUUUAUUGGAAAACUAUCACAAGAAAGAUAGUAAAGGGAAUAAAACGAAUCAGUUCUUCACCAUUGAAUGAUGUAAGCACUUUAAAAUAUUGGGGAAUUUGUUUAAACAAUUGGAAUAAAAAUGGAAAUUUACGAACAAUGGAUCGCGUGUUUUAUCGUCUUGGAUAUGACGAUGUAGAUGGAAGUGAAGGCGAAGAAUGGGAUGUUGCAUGGAGCAUUGAAUAUCCAUAUCAAGAUGAGACCUCGGAUACAUUUGAUCCAUUUUUUGAGGAUCUGAAACCUCAUCAGAAGUUCAAUCACUAUCCAGGAUUACCGUUUAUCACAAACAAAGUUUAUGUAACAACACACAACCAGGAUUUAAAUUUUAUUUUGCCAUCAUUUGCGUUACCUGAAAUGUAUGGCGAAUUACAAGAGUACAUUAAAAAUAAUCCACAAAAAUUACUGGUGACAAAGAAUAUGUUUAAUCGUGGAGUGAAAAUUGUGGAUAAAAAUGACAUUCAAAACAGUACAGAAUUUCAAUUUUUCCAAGAAUUUGUUGAGAAUCCUAUGCUAAUUGAUGACAGAUUCUUUGACCUCGGAGUUUUCGUUGUGACUACAUCUGUUGAUCCAUUGAGAGUUUAUCGUUAUACAAGAGACAUUUUAACAAGAUUUUGUCCUGAGCCUUAUUAUCCAUUAGAUCAUUCAAACACUGGUCAAUAUGUCGUCGAUGAAAGUCACAUUCAUUACACAGAAAUGCCUUCAUUUAAACGAUUCACUAAAGACUAUGGAUUUUCAUCGAAAGCAGCAUUUGAAGCUAUACUAAGAGAGAAAAAUCAUAAUGUUGAUGAUUUAUGGACGAAGAUUGACAAUGCAAUAACUACAUUACUGAUAAGAAAUGAAGAGAAAGUGGUUGAUGAGAUUGAUUAUUACGAGUUCGGAAAAGAAAGAAAUAAUUUUGAAUUGGUUCGAUUCGAUUUUGUAAUAAAUGACAAUUUUGAUAUUUUUCUCAUGGAGGUUAAUCAGAGUCCAAAUUUGACUCCAAUGUUUGAUCGAUUUGAACCCAACGCUUUAAUACAUGAGCAGCUUGUGUACGACACUUUAGUACUUGUAGGAGCAGGCAGUUAUCUUGAUGUAAUGUCAUGUUAUAAUGACAAAGCAGAUGAAAUGAUUUCAAACUCAAGGAACAUUGCUGUCAACAUCGAAGAAUGUGCGAGAAAUGACUGCAAAAAUAAUCCUACAUUGAAGGAAUGUGAAUUGUGUUUAACAUCUCUCAGCAAAGAAAAUAUCACAUACUUUCACCAAGCUGCUCGAGAACAUGAUCGAAAUAGAGGUUUUGUAAGACUGUUUCCAGCUUGGACAUUUUUUGAAGAUCGUGUGAUAAACGAACAAUCACUUAAUAAUCAAAUUUCCUUGAAAUGGUUUUUUGAAAAGUGUAAGGAAAGUGAGUCAUGGUGUUAA